AUGGCUCGUUCAAAAGGAUUUCUGCCUGCAGAUCACAAGUAUUGCAGCGCAGUGACGACUCUGGACAAAGUCUCAUGCUGCAACGUCAUACCUACCACCAGCCCCUGCUGCAGGAACUCUGUGGUAGUGCACCCGGCCUGCAACCCCAUGCCCCUCAGCCCCUGGAGGUGCCGGUGGAUUAGCUGCUGCCUCCCUGCCCACAUCACAGUGUGGAAGAGGCCGAGUGUUUUGGAGAGCUCAGCUGCCUUAGCUAGGGAUGUCCCUGUUCUGGUGCGAGGGGAACACAAUGGAUUUUAUUACCAUGGUACAGUAAAAGAAGAGCUAGAGCAGGACGAAAGACGAACGUUUCUGGUAGAGUUGGCCAAACCAGUUGUGGCACACGGCAAGUCCCCCGUGCGGGUGCAAAAAGCAGCCGAGGAUGAUAUUCUGGAGUACAUGAACGGCAUGAAGCACUCUUUGCUCCCUGGGGAUAAAGUGCUGGCCCCUUGGGAGCCAGAUAUGGUGCGGCUCGGCCCAGGAACUGUCCUCAUGGGCAUUGAGACUCGGGAUCCCCUGCGAGCUGCAGAAGAUGAAGAAAUUACGGUCCAGUUCUGGAACGGCAAGAAAGUGAAACUCCCACUGGGUGUUGCUCUGUGGAUCCCUCCUAGCCGCUGGGAGAGGAUUGUAGAGAUGAUCCGCAUGCCCUUCACCAGCAGCUUGAAGGCCAGAGAAAAUCCUGACACUAACUCUUGUAUUUUUUCCUGCAGUCCCGUAACAGUCCCAAUUCCUCUUUGUACCAUAGGUACCCUUGCUAGGCAAGGCCUGCUCUGCUGGCCGCAUCUUCACCACCACCGUGGUGGUCCGUGCUGCGCAUCAGUACGUUGGGGCUGCAUCUGCAGCUGCCAUCCUCAUAGUGAGGCCUGGUGGCCUCUUCCUUCCCACUCCUUGGUCCUUCCAAGAGGAAAGGAAGAGGCAGAGCCCAGCAGCAAACCCUCUUUGUGCCUUCUAGACCUGGAAGGUCCAAAACAAGAAGCAGCAGAAGCCGCUGCAUCUCUCCCCUCUUCUACUUUAGAGUGUGACCAGGAGCCGUUCCCUGCUGAGCGCAGUGUGAUGGACAGGGCUGUUAACACUGACUCCAAACUGCUGGAGAUGCCCAAGCUAAAGGAUUCUGCAAGGCCAAAGUGGAAAUACUGGCAAAGGAGCCACCACAAGUCCCAUCCUAGUAAUCCAGGAUUUGGCAUUCAUGGCAGCUCACACAUGAAGGGCAGGCUGGCAUCCGAAGCCAGCGCUGCUGUGGACAGGCCGUGUGUUACCCCCACUAACCAGAGUGCAAUGUUUGAAAUUGUCAAGCAGCCUCCCAGAAGGCAGCUCACAAUGAAGGAAAUCUUAACCUCAAGCCCUCAUCAAUGGAGCGUGCGAUUUUCCUGA